AUGGAGCAGGUGCGCGCCCUGGCGCCGCUGGACGACCCGCUGUCCAGCCUGCCGUUUGUGCACGAGACGCUGAGCACGCUGCGGGGCGAGAUUGGCGGGUCGGGCGCCGCGCUGCUGGGCUUCGUGGGCACCCCCUGGACCCUGGCCGCCUACAGCGUGGAGGGCAGGGCGGAGCGCAACUGCCGCCGCACCAAGACCAUGAUGUACGGCAGCCCGCAGGUGCUGCACGCGCUGCUGGACCACCUGACCGAGGCGCUGAUCGUGUAUGUGGGCUACCAGAUCGAGGCGGGGGCGCAGGUGGUGCAGCUGUUUGACUCCUGGGCCCACCACCUCACCCCCGAGCAGUCUGCCGAGUUCAGCAUGCCGUACGCGGAGCGCAUCAUCGCCGCCGUGCGCGCCAAGUACCCGCACGUGCCGCUCAUCUUCCACGCCAACGGCGGCGCGGGCAAGCACGCGCAGCUGGCGGCGUGCAGCGCCGACGUCAUCGGCCUGGACUGGGAGUGCACCAUGGCGGGGGCGCGGCAGGCCAUGGGCGCCGGCCGCACGCUGCAGGGCAACGUGGACCCCAUGGUCCUGUUUGGCCCCGAGGCAGCGAUCCGCGAGGCGGUGACGCGGUGCCUGGUGGAGGCCGGGCCGCACCACCACAUCCUCAACGUGGGCCACGGCGUGAUUGAGGGCACGCCCGAGGAGAGUGUGGGCCUGUUCUGCGAGCUGGCGCGGCAGUCGGCCGACAUCCUGGCGGCGCACGGGCGGGCGCAGCAGCAGCCGCAGCCGGUGGCGGCCUGA